CAUUUUAAUGAACCCAGUCAUCCCAGUCGUCCUAGUGAUCCCAAUCAACCCAGUCAUCCUAGUCAUCUUAUUUAUUCCAGUCACCUUAAUGAUCCCAGUCAUACCAGUCAUCCCAGUCAUACUAGUCACCCCAGUCAUCCCAAUCAUCCCAGUCACCCUAGUCAUCCCAGUCAUAGUAGUCAACUAAGUCAUCCCAGUCAUAGUUGUCAAAUAAGUCAUCCCAGUCAUCAUAGUUAUCCCAGUGAUCCUAGUCAUCCUAGUCCUCUCAGUCAUCCCAGUCAUCCUAGUCAACCCAGUCAUCCCAGUCAUAGUAGUCAAGUACGUCAUCCCAGUCCACCUAGUCAUUCCAGUCAUCUCAGUCACCCCAGUAAGCCAUGUCAUCCCAGUCAUCCUAGUGAUCCCAGUCAUCCCAGUCGCCCUAGUCAUCCCAGUCAUCCUAGUUGUCCCAAUCAUUCUAGUGAUCCCAGUCAUCCCAGUCAAUCCAGUCAUCCAAGUCAUCCUAGUCAUCCCAGUCACCCUAGUUUUCCUAGUCAUCUUAGUCAUUCCAGUCAGCCUAGUCAUCCCGCGCCAGUCAUGUUAGUAAUCCCAAAAGUCCCAGUCAUCUCAGUCACCCCAGUCAGCAGUGUCAUCCCAGCCAUUCAAGUCGUCCUAGUGAUCCCAGUCAUCCCAGUCAUCCAAGUCAUGCUAGUGAUCCCAGUCAUUCCAGCAGUGAUUCAGAUAUACCUCAGUCUUCGGACAUGGUCCGAGACAAUUUUUAUUUGUCCAAAAAAAAAUUUACCUAAAUUAUACUCUAAAUGUGUCUUGUGGUAGUGAUAAAUGUUACAGAUGGGUACAAUUUUCCAUAUAGGGAAGAUAUCCCUAGUUUGAGCUGCAAUUUGUGCACCAAACAAUGCAACCGCUGCCAUCUUGGAUGUAUUUUACAAAGAUCUCACAGUGCGUGCAAUUGGUCAGAUGAAAGCCAACAGGAGUGUUUGUUAUAAUGCAGGCACUACCUUUGAUUCUAUUUCGAGCGAACCUUAGUUAUGGCUGAAAAGAGCCAAAAACCUUUGUCAUAUUUUUUCCAAUGAAGAAAGCAGUGUGAAGACGAAUCUGAUAAAGAAAGCACAACAAUGCAAGUUGCUCAUGAAGAAUUGAAUGAUGUCGAUGAUCCAACAGAAGAAAUUAACCGUGGCUGGAUUAUGAUCAAGAAAACAACAAGAUGAAGUGCAGUUCAGGUGGCUAUGUUUCCCUAACAUAAGAAUAUCCUGUGACAGUUUUUUUUGUUAUGGAAGUCGCACAUUUGAACAUUUUAUGGUGCUAUGUUUGUAAUUUCAAAAUCCAUUCGAUGUUUAAUAGGUAAGGAUAGAGGAAAACAAAAUACAUUGUAUCUUCACAUUUCAUUUUGGAAACAUAAACUUCAAACUUGAAAGAGGUAUAAUUAUUCAAGUUUAAUGCAGUCAUGCAUUGGCAAUGCUCUUAACAAAAGAAAUGGGUCUCCUACACCUUUUACGUGUGAAAUUAUAUUUUACGCAUUUUUUAAACUAGAAGUAUCUUGAAAGGAUCUAAUUUUCAUCUAUUCUGUCACAAUAAAAAAAAUGAUGUCUGACAAAAACUAAAAAUGUCCUAAGAAAAUUCAGCUUUUUAGGACAUUUGUCCUAAACACUUUUUCAUGGAUCUGAAUCACUGGGUGCCAGUCAACCUAGUCAUCCUAGUCACCCUAGUCAUCCCAGUCAUCUUAGACAUUCCAGUCGUCCUAGUCACUCUAGUCAUCCUAGUCAUCCCAGUCAUAGUAGUCAACUAAGUCAUCCCAGUCAUCCAAGUUAUCCCAGUCAUCCUAUUCAUCCCAGUCAUAGUUGUCAAAUAAGUCAUCCCAGUCAUCCUAGUUAUCCCAGUGAUCCUAGUCAUCCCAGUCCUCUCAGUCAUCCUAGUCAACCCAGUCAUCCCAGUCAUAGUAGUCAAGUACGUCAUCCCAGUCACAGUAGUCAAGUACGUCAUCCCAGUCAUCCGAGUCCACCUAGUCAUCCCAGUAAUCCAUGUCAUCUCAGUCAUCCCAGUAAUCCAUGUCAUCCUAGUCACCCUAGUCAUCCCAGUCAUCCCAGUCAUCCUAGUUGUCCCAGUAAUUCUAGUGAUCCCAGUCAUCCCAGUCAAUCCAGUCAUCCAAGUCAUCCUAGUCAUCCCAGUCACCCUAGUUUUCCUAGUCAUCUUAGUCAUUCCAGUCAGCCUAGUCAUCCCACGCCAGUCAUGUUAG